AUGAAUGAGGCAACCAAGAACACCCGGCCUUCCCACGCACCGAAAUCAAUCGCGAAAAGAAUCACAAUCUCGCCAGACAGCUCCCCGAUAGUAAACCGUCGCUCCUCGACUAGUUUCAAUUUUGAUUCUACAGAUCACCAAUAUGUGCUAAAACGAGAUACAUCUACCGGAGAACUGAUACGUGAAUAUGCCAUAGACGAUGUGAUUGCAAAUGAUAUAGCAUACAACGCAUGGUUGAUGAGUAAGAGGCGUGAAGAGCAUAGUAGUAGCAGUAGUCACAACCACCACCAGCAUCAGCAAAACCAUCAGAGAGCACAUUCAAGACCAUCAUCAAGAUCAUCGUCGCAUUACGCCUUCUUCUCGUCCAUACCAACACAUCGUAUGGACAUACCGACACAGGAUGAUCAAGACGAUGAUGAAGAAUUGCAAGAUAAUCUAGGAAUAUCUCGCCACAGAUCAAACUCAGAGAAAGCCGAUCUAUACAUCCGCGAAUGGUUUACCAAAAAAAACCAAGAACUCGAGAAACGUGCUCAAGAAGAAGCUCAACAAAUACAACAAGAGCAAGAACGUCACAAACGGGAAGCCGCUGAACGUAUAAAGCGUCUAGAACAAUCAGAUCACCGUGUAGAAACAUGGAGGAAGGAGAAACUAGAGAUAGCUAGACGGGAACGAGAACGACAACAUCUCGCAGAGCAAGCGCAAAAGAAGGCACAGCAAGCCAAGAAACAACAAGCAGCUAAAUCCGAAGCCGCAUUUCAGAAAUGGAAGAAGGCCACAUCGAAUCGAGAACAUGAUACGUCUACCUCUAAUGUAUUGAAGCAUCCUAAACCAUGGACUGAUCCCGUACUGCCGUCUGUAAACCCACGAGAGCAUCAAGCAAACACGCCACCGAUACUAUCGCCACCUGCACUAUACAAGGAUUAUGAGAGAACAAGCACUAUUGCACCGGCAUUUAUGAAAAAGUAUCCUUCGUUGGUUGCAAAUGCUGGACGGGAAGUGUUGCAGUCUAAAGAAAAGGACCUUCGGAAGGCUGCGGGCCCCAGAAUGCAUAAAGGGAAGAGUGAUUUUGUUAGUAAGAGGGAUGUCGUGUAUCCGAAACAUCAUGCUUUGUGA